GCAAGGGAAUUGAGAUUUGAGAGAGAGAGAGACACGCAUUAAGAUGAAAAAGAAGAAAGAAAAAAAGGAGAAUGGGCAAAAAAAGGCAAAAUAACUCAGCUUCACUCACCUCACCUCUACUCUCUCAGACUCAGCCCUUCUCUCUUCCCUUCUUUCUUUCUCAAUCGGUUUCUCCUAAACAAAUGUAGAGAAUAUACUUUCCUUUAAUCCAUUUUCAACGCACGGUCAAUUUUUUUAAUGAGGGUUAGAAUGAUUAGGGAGAUGAGCAAAGAACUACCACCUGAGCCUCUUGAUUUCUUCAUUUGGACUGUUGAGGAUGUUGGUUUGUGGUUGGAAGAGAUCAAUCUAGGUAGUUACCGUCAGGUAUUUAAGGAAAAUGGUGUCAAUGGAGAAUACUUGGAAGGCAUGUCUAUGUUUACCACUGAACAAAUUCUUCGAUUUAUUAGACGGUGUCACAUGAAAUGGGGAGAUUUCAUAACAUUAUGUAAGGAACUCAGACGAAUUAAAGUGGCCUGUUUAAAGGGGGAGCAAAAGGUUCGCAGGCCAUGGUGGGCACCGUCAUGCCUCUCCGUAGUCUUUGUGAAGGUGGCAAAGCGUAAUAGACAAUCACGGGUUGUUUCGUUGAAUUUGGAACCUUGAUGAAAGAAAAGAUCUGCUUAUCUGUAUGUAUUCAUAUUUUUCUUUUUUAUUUUUUUUUACUUAGAGAACAGAAAAAUAGGAGAACUUUUUGUGUUGAAUCUGUCAAGAUGACUGUUGGUUCUUCUUUGAAGAACUUUGGUGUAAUCUCAAGCUCGUUUAUGUAUUUAUUUCUUGGUGAUUUUGCUAUUGGAUGACACUAUUUGGUAAAGAAAAGGCAUGAAGCAAUUGAGUUCCCGUUGCAA